UGCAGAUUUACAGAUACGUGGACAAUUUUUAUCGGUUAAGCGCUUGCGUGGAAAACGUGGAAAUCGAUUUUCCCUACUUACCGGAAAAUAGUUCAGAUCUGUCAUGUGAACAUUUUCAAAUCACCUGAAUCGAGUUUUUAAUUUUGAGUGUAAGUUUUUUUAAAUAUGGUUUGUCAAAAAUACAUACAGAUUGUCGCGUUUUUGUGUUAUUGCUCAUUGGGAUGUGGCGAUGAUAAUGUCCUUGAAAGAAAUAGAGAGAAUACUGCAAAACAACAUCCUGAAUUGUCAAAUUUGGUAAAAAAUUGGGCAACCAAGCUCGGAGGAGAAUUAUGGCAUUUUGGAGAUUUAGUAACAAGACAAAAUAGAGUAAGAGAUAGUUUUAAAGAAACAAAUCUCGUAGUUGAAGAUGGUGAAGUACUACUACAAAAUAUUCACGAAAACAUUUCUCAUAUGAUGAAACAAAAAGUAGAUGCCGUGAGAAGGAUAAUGGAUCAGGCUGAGCAAAUCGCCCAAGCACAGAAAGAAACAGAUAUUGAUUUUAAUUUUUCAUUUUAUAAUGCCAAAAAUUUAACUAAUUCGCUAGAUAAUAUUACUGAAGAAACAUCUACUAAGGAACCUGAAGCCGAGGAACCUCAAGAUGAUUCUUUUUUAUCUAACCGUUAUCAAGAACAGCCGUAUCAUCAGUCUCUUCUUCAACAGGAGGAGAUAGAGGGAUACCAGAAAGAUGAAGAUAGUGAAUCUUCUGAGGAUCCUUUAUCAAAAGAUGAAGAGCUUUUUGAUUCUGAUUUAGAGAUUACUGAUAGUACUGAAAAAGGUCCUCAGGCUAUACUUAAUAAAACUCCAAUUGAUAAGUCAAAAUUACCAUUAAUACGAAACAGAAAUUUUUAUGAUAUUCCUGUUAAUAUGAACGUUAGUGCCGUCCAUGUACCUAGUAAUGUUUACGAAAGAUCAAAAGAAGUGAUUGCUGGUAUCAAAUGGUCAGAGGAAUUAGAUAAAACUUUUAGAUCGAAUUAUGAAAUAGAUCCAACUUUAUCAUGGCAAUAUUUUGGAAGCUCCACUGGUUUUAUGAGACAAUAUCCAGCCAUGAUAUGGUCUCAAGAGCCCAUAGACCUUUUUGAUUGCCGUACAAGAUCCUGGUAUAUUGAAGCUGCAUCUUCGCCAAAAGAUAUUGUGAUAUUAGUAGAUAGAUCUGGAUCUAUGACUGGAAUGAGAAGAGAAAUUGCAAGACAUGUUGUCCACAAUAUUUUAGACACUCUGGGAAACAAUGAUUACGUAAAUAUUUACACGUUCAGCAAUACAACAGAUUCCCUGGUUGAGUGUUUCGAUGGUCAGAUGGUACAAGCAAACUUAGCCAAUGUUCGUGUACUAAAAGAGAGUAUGAGUGAUUUUAAAACAGAACAAAUCGCAAAUUUUUCUUCAGCUCUCAUAACUGCUUUUGAGUUGCUUCAAGAUUAUAGAAUCAACAAAAAAGGGGCCAGGUGUAACCAAGCUAUAAUGCUAAUAACUGAUGGUGUUCAAUACAACUAUAAAGAAAUUUUUGAGAAAUAUAAUUGGGAGAAUUUACCUUUUAUGAAUGUUAGAGUUUUUACGUACCUCAUAGGAAGGGAGGUAUCUGAUGUUAGAGAAGUUAAGUGGAUGGCUUGUGCAAAUCAAGGAUAUUAUGUACAUUUAAGUACAUACGCAGAAGUACGAGAAGAAGUUUUGAAUUACAUACCUGUUAUGGCAAGACCUAUGGUCUUAAAUCCAACCCAAAAACCGAAUCCUACAUGGAGUCCCGUCUAUGCUGAUGUAACAGAUCCAAAACUGACAAAUUGGUUGUGGAUAAAUAGGGAAAGAAAUCGACAAAGGGAGAGGUUCAUGGGGUAUAGAAAGUUGAAACAUAUGCUUUCUUCCGGUCACUUGGAUAGAACAUUUGUUCAUCAACAAAAGAUACAUCAAGACAACUACGGUGAUACUCAAAUAUAUCAUCUCAUGACAUCGGUCUCAUUGCCAGUUUAUGAUAAAAAACCUCGUCAGUACGACCCUGCUCCUGUUUGCGUAGGCUUUCUUUGCUGGUACGAGUUAAAUGAAAGAGUGGCAAAUCUACUAGGAGUCGCAGGAACUGAUAUUCCCAUUGAAUACAUUCAGAGGCUCAUGCUACCGUAUAGGCUGGGGGUGAAUGGAUAUGCGUUCAUAGUAACCAACAAUGGUUAUAUUCUAACGCAUCCAGAUCUUAGGCCAGUGUAUCAGGGUAUUUUGAAACCAGCAUAUAAUAGAGUCGAUAUGAUUGAAAUUGAAAUUCUUGAUGAUGAAUCUGAGCCUAGGAAUUUCAGUGAUAAAAUUCGUGAGUUUAGGAGACAAGUAGUUAUGCAGUACAGUGGAAAUAUCACUCUAGACGUUAAAGGGCAUCUAGACGAUAUGAGACGAAUUACUUUUAUGAAAAGAGAUUACUACUUCAGAGGAAUAAAUGGUACUCCCUUUAGUCUUGUUAUAUCUCUUCCAAAGAAAUACGGAUAUACUCGAGUAGAGCCCAAAGUUGAAAACGACAUUCAUCGUUUAACAUUGUCUCAGCCUUCUGAUAAAAAACCACUUUUGCGAUAUUUCACUGGAAAUUGGACCAUUCACCCUGACUGGCACUAUUGUCGUUAUUUAGACAAUAGAAAACAUUUUGAUAAUCCCGAAGAGGAACUUCUCCAUUUCCUGCAAAUUAUGGAGAAGCAUGCUUGGAAAUGGUCCAAAGAAUCCGAAUGUGACAGAAAAUUAGUCUGCCAUGUUGUGUCGGACGCCAAACUAACGGAGUGGUUUAAUGACAACAUCACUACAACCAGUCGAGAGGAAAAUGGAGCGGAAUUGGUAAAAAAGAUAGGAAUUGUUAUUGCAUUCAUGGCAACCCACAGUGGUCUCACAAGAUGGCAAAAUUUUCCACAAAAUAUUGAAACACCCGAACAAGAGCCAAACUUUGAAAUUCUCCACAAUAAAGCCACUGAUGAAAUUUGGUAUAAACGAGCUGUUGAGCAUCAUUAUGUUGAUCCACAAGACUUUAUCUAUGCUGUCCCACAUUAUACAGGAAACUCGAGCCUAAGUUUAGUCACUGUUAGUAAGGCGAUAUUUCGAGAAGAUGGUAGUAAGAAAGCCCCAGUAGCUGUUGUUGGAUAUCAGUUUUUCCACGGAGCUUUACAAACUUUAUUCACACAAAUUACAAGUAAAUGUGGAAACAUUCCAUGUAAAAGAACAUGUGCAUCACAGGAACUUCAUUGUUUAGUACUAGAUGAUAACGGUUAUGUCAUCGUUAGCGACAAUCCCAAAGAAACAGGUUUCUUUUUUGGAAAAAUAAUGCCGGACAUUAUGAAUCAACUGCUAGAAGAAAAAAUUUAUAAAGUUACCACUAUGUAUGAUUAUCAAGGUUUAUGUGCCGAAGGUCAAGAGAUGGAAAGCCCAGCAACCAGGAUACUAUCGCCAAUUGUUCACAUUACUAACUUGUUUAAUUGGUUUGCUGGAUAUUUCAUUUCACUUAUCAAAACUGUAGCAGGAAACCAGUUUGAAAUUUUUCCUUCUGAGCAUUUUCAAGAAACUCAUUAUGAAGUUAUGGAUGAAAAUGAAUAUUCUGCUCAUAAUAACGACAAUAACCAUUAUGAAGAAGCAGAAAUGCCUUUGAGCGAUAAAGAAUUUGUACAAAAAUUUGCUAUACAAGUAACAAAACCUGAACCGUGUGAUACUCAAAUGGCUUUAUAUUCGCUUGUUCACUAUUCAGAUAGAAAUAUCUCAACUAGCGCUUAUAACAAAACUAUGGUGGAAUGUUCGAGGCCAUACAUUGUCCAAAAGGUGUCUGGAAGCAACAUGAUUCUAUUAGUUGUAAACAACGUCUGUCUAGGCGAACCAAAUACUAGCAUAGAUACUCCUGAUCCUGUAGAAGUAGAUUAUAAUAUGUCCUUAGCUUGUUAUAGAGCAACAUAUAACGACUUUCCCAGAAGACAUUAUAUGAGUUGCAUUAACAGAAAUGCAAAUGAGAGUGAAAUCAAAAUUUGUGGAAAAGCUUCAUACAUAUCACCAACAAAACUUGUACCUACGUUACUAUUAACCAUUUUAUCAAAUUUUUUCAUAUUAUCAUAAAAUUUAUAUAACAUGUAGUUCAGAAAUUUUUCAAACAUCUGUGAUACAUUCAAUAUUCUCUUGUCUUGUUAAGUUUACCUUGAUAUUAUUGGUAUCAAUGUAUGUCAUUUUUAUUGUUUUUGUAAUUUUGUUAAGAAAUAAUUGUUAUUUGGUUUAUGUAUAUUUUAUGUAAAUUUAUUGAAAUAAAAAUAAUUUAUGAUUAA